AUGCAUCCCAGUGCGCUGGUCGGUCUGCUGGCCUUUGCUGCCGCUGCCUCGGCCAUCCCGGCAAACCCUAGCCAUCAGGCUCACUCCGACUCCACCAUCCAGAAUCUCAAGUCCAAGAUCAAGAAUGUUGUCGUUCUGGUCAUGGAAAACCGCUCCGUGGACAACCUGUUGGGAGGUCAGACCAUCAAGGGCUUGGAGAACCCUAUCAAUAACGGCCCCUUCUGCAACCCCUACAACAUCACCGAUCUCUCCCAGGGCACCGUCUGCAGUGCAGCCAGAGACUAUGACUCAGUCACCGAUGAUCCGGACCAUGCGGUCUAUGGCAACAACAUCGAGUUCUAUGGCACCUUCACUCCCGACAAUGCGGCCAUCGCCCAGGGCAAGCUGACCCCCUCCCAGCAGGGGUUCGUCACCGAACAACUGCGCCUGUACAGCGCCGAUGCCAACCGCACUGAGCUGUCCGUGCAGGUCAUGAACUACUACACCGAGCAACAGGUGCCUGUGCUCACCGAGCUCGUCCAGAACUUUGUCGUUUUCAACCAUUGGCACUCGGAUGUGCCUGGCCCAACAAACCCCAACCGGGCUGCUCUCACCUCGGGUACCUAG